AUGCAGUUGAUAUAUGGAGAUGUUUUCGAGGUGUUGCUUCUAGAAAAUGUCGCUGAACAAAGUGUUGAUACAUUGGAAGCACUGCGGAAAUGGUUGCUCAAAUCAGUUGCAGGUUCCUCGAUAGAUAUUGAAGUCGGCUGUUGUGGUGUGGUGUCGCAGCACUCCUCAAUGAAUUUUGCAAACAGAUGGGUCUUGAGAUCCGCUCUGAACUUUGUCAGUAAUGGAGAAAUAGUCAGAGAAGUAAAUAGAGAAUUCCAGAGAAAAAGACCAGAAAAAGCAAAAGCAAAUUUAGCAAAAGAUUGUUUAACACGAGUUAAGAAGAAGCGAGAACAAUUUCCACUAAUCACUAAUCAGUGA